CAAAAUGGCGUCUAUUCACUACUAAGUACAGCUUAUAUACCUUUACUUGAGCUAUUGUGCCCUGUCCUGAUUCGUUCAUACUGGAUCUUAGCCCCUUAGUACAAUUCCUUAUUUGGCUCCUAUUGUCUCCUCAUUCCUUUGCCUUCUUAUCUUGUUUACUUCGUUAGCAAGGACAGUCUGUCUGAGCACAACAGCACCCUUUCACUGUGCUUAGGGAGAGGCCUAUCCCGUACAGCACGUAUCCCCGCAAAGCGCCUACUGCAACAGGCCGACAGCACCACAUCCAUGUAGCAGUGGACGCCUGUUCACGAGCCCUGGUUGAGCUACCGAUGACGCAUGCAACAGCCCGUCAAUCCAUUCGACACCUUCAUUUGGCCUUUACAGUUCUCGGAGUCCCAGAUACAAUUAAGACGGAUAAUGGGCCUAACUACCAGUCACAGGCCUUCCAGUGGUUUCUCCAAUUAUGGGAGGUUCGCCAUACAGUCGGUAUCCCGCACAACAGCACUGGCCAGGCGAUUGUCGAACGCGCCCACCAGACGUUAAAGAAUCAACUCGCGCGGCUAAGGGAGGGGGGAGAUAGGAGUAGCUCAGGAGAGUUAGUGGAAAAGGCUUUGGUAGUACUCAACCAUAUAGCCACUCAUGACGAUCUCACACCACUACAAAAGCAUUUUUCCACAUGCCAGUGGAUCUUUGGUGGGCAUGCAGACCCGAAGUUCUGGUAUCGAGCCCUGGAAUCCGACAAGUGGGAGGGCCCUGCUGAGCUCCUCACAUGGGGCCAGGGGUAUGCUUGUACCUCCACAGGCACCGGGACCAGGUGGAUUCCUGCGCAACUCAUCCAUCCGUGGCUGCCGACGGCUCCUGAUGUUGGUGUUGACAGUAACAAUAAUACUGGGGGUGGCGGUAGGGAUGACAACGACCGCGAUGCUGAUGACGGCGCCCGAGCUGUCGGGGAAUUUCUGGCAGCUGUAUGCGAAGUUGACUAACUCCUCUAAGGUCUGUCUGGCACUGUCAGCAGUGGGUGAUCCAUUUCGCACAUGCACUUAUGCCAUCCGCUAUGCGGAAGUCUCCCAGUUCAAUGUCACGGCCUGUGACAGUAGUGAGACCCUGUCAAGGGUCUGGGUCGUUAACAACACGGGAGGAAGGAUGGAGGUGAGGGAUAGGAUGUGUAGGGGCAUCUGGAUCAAGACAGGAAAACUAAGCAACAAGUCUCAGUUACUCUGGGAAAGGGCUAUAGCCACGGGAUUAUUCCUGCUCCAGCAACCGAGUAGCCCACGAGCGGGAAAUGUCCACUGGCAGGUGCUGGGUAUGGUGUGUCCCAACAUAUCUGCUGUGGAGUGGAUAUGGUUUAAUUUCACUAGGCCUGAUACAAGACUACCUGUGAGCGCAGACUACCAGUCAGAUGAAAGCAGAACAGGUUCACGCAGAAAUACCUCGGUCACGGUCACGAUCCACUUAGACAACCCCGCCCCUAUACAACUACCUCCCGGUAUCUCCCUGAUCUGUGGGAAUGGAUACGUCUAUCUGUUAAUUCUGAUAAGGCCCAAGGGUGGACCUUGUAGUCUGGGGAGGAUCGACAUGAUACCAAUCUCCCUGGAAGGUAUCCAGCAGAUAAGAGCAGACAAGACUUGGCGAUGCUGGAGACUCGAUCAACUAUCCAAGGACUGUAACAACGAGGUCUAUCUAUAUGGGAUGGCAUGAAAGAUUUUUGAGACCUUCUGGAUCUGGCCCCAGAUCAUCCACAACACCCACGUGACUGAAAGUCUAACAUGCUGGGUGGCAAAAAACACGAAUUGCACAUCCCAAGCUCUUACAUCCAUAGCCCAGGCAAUAGCCGCCCUUGAUUCAGGACUAACCCAGACUAAAAUGGCAGUUGACUUCCUUCUCACUUGCACCGUCCUAGGCUGCACAAAAAUGGAAAGGCAGCUGGGGAUGGAGGGUUUUUGCUGUCUCGACUUCAGCGCCAACACUACAACCACUAUCAACAAAGUAAGAAAGAAGGCCAAAGACAUAGUUGAGUCAGUACUAAAGAUCAGAAUAGGUAACCGUUAGAACUUCUUGUCUAACCUGCUUGGCCUCCUGGCCAGGCUAAAAAAUAUGCUAGCCUUGGGAGUAGUCAUACUAGUCGUGAUACUGCUUGCAGCAUGCUUAAUUCCACUUGUAGUUCGCACUGUUCGCCGGGUGCUAAGUGAGGCGGUCAGUCAUAUGCUUGCUGUUAACCUUGUAUUGGGGCACGCGAUGGGAAUGGCUAUCAGCCAUUCCUGCAAGAAGACCCCGAGACUGCUAAAUAGCUGCUUGUGCAUAAGGAGAGGGGAGAUGUUGGAGAUAUGGUCAAGGACGCUGCAGCGAAACUCCGCUGCAUAACAAGCUGAAGACAGCAGGAAAACAUCUUGAACGAUUCACUACAGAAUGGGGAGGUGGCUGCACAUCACGGCGCGUGCACCAUGACGAUGUGCCUCGUGCUAGGC